AUGAGGACUCCUCGGGCAACAGAUAUCACCGUUGGAAGCCGUCUCCUCCUCUUCUUGAUGAAGAUGAAGCAUGGACUCACAUUUGCUGCUCUUGGUGCCCUCUUCAGUGUUCACCGAACCACUGCUUCUCGUGUGUUUUAUGCUGUACUUGAUGUGCUGCAUGCCAAGACUCAAGGUUGGCUUGUUUGGUUUCCACGUGAGGUUGUACAGGAAACAAUGCCCCCGUCAUUUAAAGAGAAGUACCCGACAUGCAGGGUUAUCAUAGACUGCACGGAGGUGCCUAUUGAAAUGCCACCAGAGGUCAGCGAACAAGUGAACUGCUGGAGCAGUUAUAAGAGCAACUUCACACUCAAGUUCCUUGUUGGUGUAGCCCCUUGUGGAUUCAUUUCAUAUGUUUCUGAAGUGUUUGGUGGCCGCGCUAGCGACACCUAUAUUACUGCAAACUGUGGUCUGCUUGACCUGCUAGAGAAAGACGACCUGGUGUUGGCCGACAAAGGCUUCCCCCACAUUCGCUGCGACCUAGAAUCUCGCCAGGUUAGCCUAGAAAUGCCCCCUUUUGCUCACAUGAAUGAGCAGUUCACUGCUUCAGAAGUUGCACGCACAUAUAAAAUAGCCUCUCACCGAAUUCACGUGGAACGAUGCAUUCAAAGGAUCAAAGUGUUUAACAUUCUGUCUGGAAGGCUACCACAAGAACUUAGACGCCAUGUUGACAAGAUAGUAUCCAUGUGUUGCAUACUCGCAAACAUGCAAAAGCCAAUAUUCAAAAUUCAGCAGUGAUUGAAUGUAGAGAUUGCGAUGGUCCUAAAAGCAACCAUAUUCACUUUUGAUCCUAUUUUAAACA